UAUAAUUAACACAGCGACGAGGAACCGAUUCUUCAAUCCCGACAGCCAUGGAUUUCCUCGUCGUCUUCCUCCUGUUACUCUUCAUCCUCACCGUAGUCCAGGCCCUCCAAGUCGCCUCCGCCAGGUCCAAAAACCUGCCGCCGGGACCGACGCCGCUGCCGCUCGUCGGCAGCCUCCACCUCCUCGGCGACCAGCCCCACAAAUCCCUCGCCGGACUCGCCCGCCGCCACGGCCCGCUGAUGUGUCUCCGGCUAGGGUUCAUCAACACCGUCGUCGUUUCCUCGUCGGCGAUGGCGAAAGAGGUCUUGCAGAAACAGGACAUGGCGUUUUCCAGCCGGACGGUGCCGGACGCCAUCCACGCCCACGACCAGUUCCGGUACUCCGUCGUGUGGCUUCCGGUGGCGUCGCGGUGGCGCAGCCUCCGGAAAGUGAUGAACUCGAACAUCUUUGCCGGCAGCCGCCUUGACGCCAACCAGCAUCUCCGGCGCCGGAAAGUUCAGGAGCUAAUUGCCUACUGCCGGAAAAAUAGCCAGACGGGGGAGCCGGUGGAUGUCGGGAGGGCAGCCUUCCGUACGUCCCUGAAUUUGCUGUCGAACACGAUUUUUUCGAAAGAUUUGACGGAUCCGUUCUCGGAUUCUGCUAAGGAGUUUAAGGAACUUGUCUGGAAUAUUAUGCUUGACGCCGGGAAGCCCAAUCUGGUCGAUUUCUUCCCUGUGCUUCAAAAAAUCGAUCCCCAAGGAAUACGACGUCGUAUGACGAUCCAUUUCGGGAAGGUGAUUGAGCUUUUCGAUGGUCUGAUUAAUGAAAGGAUUGAGAGCCGGAAGUCUGAGAACGGCGCCGCCGGUGACGUCAUCGACGUCCUCCUCGGAGAAAACUCCGACGAAAUUGACCGGACCCACAUUGAACGGAUGUGCCUGGAUUUGUUCGUGGCGGGUACAGACACGACGUCGAACACGGUGGAGUGGGCGAUGGCGGAGGCGCUGAGGGAUCCGGCGACGAUGCGGCGGGCGAAGGCGGAGCUGGAGGAGGUGAUCGGAAAAGGGAAGAUGAUCGGCGAGGCGGACGUCUCCCGGCUGCCGUAUCUCCGGUGUAUGGUGAAGGAGACGCUGCGGCUACACCCGCCUGUGCCGUUCCUCAUCCCUCGCCGGGUGGAGCACGAUGUCGCCGUCGCCGGCUACACUGUGCCGAAGAACUCGCAGGUCUUCGUCAACGCCUGGGCCAUCGGAAGGGACCCCGACGCCUGGGAAAGCCCCCUGGAAUUCAAGCCGGAGCGCUUCCUCCAAUCGGAGAUCGACAUGCGCGGCCGCGACUUCGAGCUCAUUCCGUUCGGCGCCGGCCGCCGGAUCUGCCCCGGGCUGCCCCUGGCGGUGAGGAUGGUGCCGGUCAUGCUCGGCUCGCUACUCAAUUCCUUCGACUGGAAGCUCGCCGGCGGGAUUGAGCCGAAGGAGCUGGACAUGGAAGAGAAGUUUGGGAUUACGAUACAGAAGGCGCAGCCCCUCCGGGCAGUCCCCACGCCGCUGUAACUUCGCCGGCGCCGGCGGAAUUAAUAAAUGUGGGUUCACUGUACUGUGGUAAAUGGUAAUAUUCCGUGUAUCGCCUUAUCACCUCUGUUUUUAUACAACUUUCUUUUUCCCUUUUUUGUAAUACAUUAUUUUAAGUGUAUUUGUAGAAAAUUGAUUUAAAUUUGAUAUAAAAAUAUUGAUUUAUGAAA